AAACAGUGUUUUAGUCAUUAACUAUGUGUUGUUGGGAAAAGAUUCUACAUAUUUUUUUUAGAUUUAAAGAUUUAAUUAAAAAUAAAUUGCAAGAGUAUUUCAAUAAUAAUGUUGAGCAGUACUAAAGUAUUGAGGAGAUAUGUCAUCUCCCGUGGUUGUCAAUGUUCAUCACAUUUCUCCGAUGUCUCAAAUGGAUCUGUACUGGAAACCAAUAUUGAUGUUAAUUCAAAAGAAUAUCAGGAAAAUCGAACAGCAAUGGAAAUUUUAGUGCACAAUUUGAAAAAAGCUGUAACUAAUUCGAUAUCUGGCGGUGAUUCAAAAGAUAAAUUAAGGCAUACAUCCAAAGGAAAAUUAUUAGUACGUGAUCGUAUAGAUUACCUUUUGGAUUCAGGUUCACCAUUUUUAGAAUUGUCACAGUUGGCUGGACAUGAACUUUAUAAAGAAACAGUUCCAUGUGGUGGAAUAAUUACAGGAAUUGGACGUAUUUCUAGAAAGGAAUGCAUGAUUAUUGCAAACGAUGCUACGGUUAAAGGUGGGUCCUACUUUCCUAUCACAGUAAAAAAACAUUUAAGAGCCCAGGAAAUAGCCAGUGAAAAUAAUUUACCUUGUAUUUAUUUGGUGGACUCUGGUGGUGGCUACUUAAAAAAACAGGCUGAAAUUUUUCCUGAUAGAGAACAUUUCGGAAGAAUAUUUUUUAAUGAAGCAAUCAUGUCUUCAAAAAAUAUAACACAAAUAGCUGUAGUGAUGGGAAGCUGUACAGCAGGUGCUGCUUAUUUACCUGCCAUGGCUGAUGAAAGUAUAAUUGUCAAAAAUACUGGAACAAUUUUUCUUGCUGGUCCCCCUUUAGUGAAAGCUGCAACUGGUGAAAUAGUAUCUUCAGAAGAUCUUGGUGGUGCCAAACUUCACUGCUCUGUUUCUGGAGUUUCUGAUCAUUAUGCUAAUGAUGAUUACCAUGCACUUCAUAUUACCAAAACCAUUAUUGCAAAUUUAAAUAAUAAUAACAAUAAACAAAAUAUACAGAAUAAUAUUGAUGUGCCAGAGCCACCGUUAUAUCCUGAUGAAGAAUUAUAUGGAAUUGUUGGUGACAAUUUGAAAAAGAAUUAUGAUGUCAGAGAGGUGAUUUCAAGAAUAGUAGAUGGGUCAGUAUUUUCUGAAUUUAAGAAAAAUUACGGAGAAACGUUGGUUACUGGAUUUGCUAAACUAUGUGGUUAUCCUAUUGGUAUAAUUGGUAAUAAUGGGGUGCUAUUUUCUGAGUCUGCCUUGAAGGGUACACAUUUUAUUGAACUAUGUUGUCAGAGAAAUAUUCCAUUGUUAUUUUUGCAAAACAUUACUGGUUUUAUGGUUGGAAAAGAUGCAGAAGCUGGUGGUAUUGCUAAAAAUGGUGCUAAAAUGGUUACAGCGGUAUCCUGUGCAUCUGUUCCUAAAAUUACAGUUGUGAUUGGUGGAUCUUAUGGUGCUGGAAAUUAUGGAAUGUGUGGACGAGCAUACGGACCAAGAUUUAUGUAUAUGUGGCCUAAUUCUCGAAUAAGCAUAAUGGGAGGCGAACAAGCUGCAGGUGUUCUUGUCCAAAUUCAAAAUGACAAAAAAAUCAGAGAAGGAAAACAGUUAACAAAAGAAGAAGAAAAAAUGUUAAAAGAUCCAGUGAUCAGACAAUUUGAGAAUGAAGGAAAUCCAUUUUAUUCCAGUGCGAGAUGUUGGGAUGAUGGCAUUAUUGAUCCUGCUCAGACAAGACAAGUUUUGGCAAUGAGCUUAUCUGCCAUUCAUAAUUCGCCAGUACAGCAGACCAAGUAUGGAAUUUUCCGGAUGUAAUCAAUUAAGAAGUACCAAUCUUAAAUUGUGCCAGAACAAUGAUGUAUGAUACAGCUACUCCUAGAUACUGUCAAAAUCAAUGCAUUUAUUUUAUUAUAUUUUUAUGAUAAUUAUUUUAUUAUAAUCUUUACUUACGCUCAAAAUAUAUGUUCGAUCCAUAGUGAA